AUGCCAUUCAAGCUAUCUACAAAUUCUUACAAAGAGCAAGACUUACCUGAAGAUCCGCAAGAAUUGUUGAGUGCGGGAAAACAGUUGAUGGAUGAAGUUUGCACCAGCUGGAAAAAGGGUAAAUGCUAUCAUCAUACUCUGAGCUCAAACCCCACGCUAGAUUCCAGUAAAGUCGCAGUACAGACGUAUUACACCAACCGUGAUAAAGACUACUGGCUGAGUCGUGUCAGCGAACAUUCACUGGAUUUAUCCACAUACGAGCGCUUGGUCAAAGUGCUAACGGGAAGUGUGAAAGAGAAUUCCCAGUGGACGCUACGCGAUAGAACUGCUCGCUCGCGGCUAGAAAAGGAAUAUAUAGAAGUGCUAAGUGCUGUUGAAGUGCUGAAAGUCACGGAUUCGGGGUGGGUCGGUGUGAAUCUGGAAUACGAAUUGGGCAAACCACUGACGACCCGUGAGUUUAAUGAGUGGAUAUACAUUAUUCCGCCAUUUCAAGAGGCUGAAGGUGAGGUGUGUAUGGUGAUCAGCGUGGUUGCCGAUGCCCCCUUGAGAGACCCGGAGGCGCAUACCCGUGGAGUUUACACCAGUAUCGAAAUGCUGGAAUACAAUCACAAAUCUCAACAGCUGAAGUGGAAAAUGGCAACCACCAGCGACGCGGGCGGAAACGUGCCAAAGUGGGUGCAAAACUCCAUGAUUGCCAAGACCGUCUCUAAAGACGUGAGCUACAUGUUUGAGUGGCUAGGUCAAGGCAAGGAUAGAGCCAACAUAUAG